UGAGUUUCUUCUGAGCUCCUGAAAAUACAGAGUCUCUUCAUCCUUUCAUAUUUUGAUAUUAUUUUGGCCAUGACACUUCUUAAGAGAAAAGAUUUAUCCAUGUGACUGUACAGCUAUUGUCCAGCUUUGAUUGCCGUGUAAUCAGCAGUGGUGACACAGGGUAACCCUUCUUUAGGUGCAGGGAUAGCUCAGUAGGUAGAGUGGUCGGGGGUUCGAAUCCACUGAACGGCUACCCUGAGGUACCCCUGAGCAAGAUGGAAAUAUCUGUUAAGGAGCAGCUACUGCACAUUCUGGAGAAUCUGGGAGAGGUGGAGCUGAAACAUUUCCACUGGUACCUUCAGAAUGCAACAAAAGGUGAUUUUCCAUCCAUCAAAAAGUGUCAUCUGGAGAACGCAGACAGACUGAAAACUGUAGAUUUAAUGGUGCAGACAUAUACUACUGACCAUGUGAUAGAAGUAGCAAGGACAACUUUAAAGAAAAUGAAUAAAGGAAAUUCCUCAGCCCAGGCAGAUUUAUCACUUUCAUCACAAGAAGUUCUUCAAAAAUGUCAGCCCAAACUGAAGGCUAAGCUGAAGAAGAAAUUCCAGUCUGUAUUUGAGGGGAUCGCUAAAGCAGGAAACCCAACCCUUCUGAGUCAGAUCUACACAGAGCUCUACAUCACAGAGGGAGGGACUGCAGAAGUCAAUGAUGAACAUGAGGUCAGACAGAUUGAAACAGCAUCCAGGAAACCAGACAGACCAGAAACAACAAUAAGACAAGAAGACAUAUUUAAAGCAUCACCUGGAAGAGAUAAACCAAUCAGAACAGUGCUGACAAUGGGAGUGUCUGGCAUUGGAAAAACUGUUUUAACACAGAAAUUCACUCUAGACUGGGCUGAAGACAAAGUCAACCAAGAUAUCCACUUCAUGUUUCCUUUCACCUUCAGAGAGCUGAAUUUGCUGAAAGAGAAAAAGUUCAGCUUGGUGGAACUUGUCCAUCACUUCUUUACUGAAACCAAAGAAGCAGGAAUCUGCAGGUUUGAAGAUUUCCAGGUUGUGUUCAUCUUUGAUGGGCUGGAUGAGUGUCGACAUCCUCUGAACUUUCAAAAAACUGAGACUGUGACUGAUGUCACACAGUCCACCUCAGUGGAUGUGCUGCUGACAAACCUCAUCAGAGGGAUCCUGCUUCCCUCUGCUCAUGUCUGGAUAACCACAAGACCUGCAGCAGCUAAUCAGAUCCCUUCUAAGUGUGUUGAAAGGGUGACAGAGGUUCGAGGGUUCACUGACACACAGAAGGAGGAAUACUUCAGGAAGAGAUUCAGAGAUGAGGAGCAGACCAGCAGGAUCAUUUCCCACAUUAAGACAUCACGAAGCCUCCACAUCAUGUGCCACAUCCCAGUCUUUUGCUGGAUCACUGCUACAGUUCUGGAGGACAUGCUGAAAACUAGGGAGGGAGGACAGAUUCCUGUGACCCUGACUGAGAUGUACAUCCACUUCCUGGUGGUGCAAGCAAAAGUGAAGAAUGUCAAAUAUGAUGGAGGAGCUGAGAUGGAUCCACACUGGAGUCCAGAGAGCAGGAAGAUGGUUGAGUUACUGGGAAAACUGGCUUUUGAGCAACUACAGAAAAGCGACCUGAUCUUCUAUGAGUCAGACCUGGCAGAAUGUGACACUGAUAUCAGAGCAGCCUCAGUGUGCUCAGGAGUGUUCACACAGAUCUUUAAAGAGGAAAGAGGACUGUACCAGGACAAGGUGUUCUGCUUUGUCCAUCUGAGCAUUCAGGAGUUUCUGGCUGCUCUUCAUGUCCAUCUAACCUUUAUCGGCUCUUGUGUCAACCUGCUGGAAGAACAAAAAGCAACCUCAAAAUGGUCUAGAUUGUCGCUAGGGAAAAAGAAUUUAAGAUAUCUCCACCAGAGUGCUGUGAACAAGGCCUUACAGAGUCCAAAUGGACACCUGGACUUGUUCCUCCGUUUCCUCUUGGGUCUUUCACUGCAGACUAAUCAGCGUCUCCUACAAGGCCUGCUGACACAGAAACGAAGUAGCUCACAGAUCAAUCAGGAAACAGUACAGUAUAUCAAGAAGAAAAUUAGAAAGAAUCUGUCUGCAGAGAAAAGCAUCAAUCUGUUCCACUGUCUGAAUGAACUGAAUGAUUGUUCUCUAGUGGAGGAGAUCCAACAGUCCCUGAGUUCAGGAAGUCUCUCUACAGACAAACUUUCUCCUGCUCAGUGGUCAGCUCUGGUCUUCAUCUUACUGUCAUCAGAAGAAGAUGUGGAUGUGUUUGACCUGAAGAAAUAUUCUGCUUCAGAAGAGGCUCUUCUGAGACUGCUGCCAGUGGUCAAAGCCUCCAAAAAAGCUUUACUGAGUGGCUGUAACCUCUCAGAGAGAAGCUGUGAAGCUCUGUCCUCAGUUUUCAGUUCAAAGUCCUCCAGUCUGAGAGAGUUGGAUCUGAGUAACAAUGACCUACAGGAUUCAGGAGUAAAGCUUCUAUCUGCUGGAGUGAAUAGUCCAAACUGGAAACUGGAAACUCUCAGACUAAGUGGAUGUAACAUCUCAGAAAGAAGCUGUGAAGCUCUGUCCUCAUUUCUCAGCUCACAGUUGUCUAGUCUGAGGGAGCUUGACCUGAGUAAUAACAGCCUGCAAGAUUCAGGAAUGAAACUUCUGUGUGCUGAAAGUCAGUACUGGAAACUGGAAACUCUCAGACUAAGGGUCUGUAACAUAUCAGAAGGAAGCUGUGAAGUUCUGUCCUCAGUUCUCAGCUCGCAGUCCUCUAAUCUGAGAGAGUUGGACUUGAGUUACAACAGCCUGCAUGAUUCAGGAAUGAGGUUGCUGUCUGUUGGAAUGAUUACUCCACAUUGUAAAGUGGUAACUCUCAGACUAAGCGGCUGUGACCUUUCAGAGAGAAGCUGUGAAACUUUGUCCUCAAUUCUCAGCUCAGUGCCUUCUAGUCUGAGAGAGCUGGACUUGAGAAACAACAACCUGCAGGAUUCAGGUGUAAAGCUUCUCUCUUUUGGAAUGAAGUGCGCACAGUGUAAACUGGUAACUCUCAGAUUGAGUGGCUGUAACCUCUCACUGAGAUGCUGUGAAGCUCUGUCUGAAGUUCUCAGCUCACAGUCCUCUAGUCUGACAGAGCUGGACCUGAGUAAUAACAAUCUGCAGGACUCUGGAGUAACGCUUAUGUGUGCUGAAGUGGAGAGUCCACACUGGAAACUGGAAACUUUGAGACUGAGCAUCUGCAACCUGUCAGAGAAAAGCUGUGAAGCUCUGUCUUCACUUCUCAGCUCAGAGGCCCCUUGUCUGAGAGAACUUGACUUGAGUAACAAUAACCUGCAGGAUUCAGGAGUAAAGCUAUUGUCUGUUGGACUGCAGAGUCCACAUUGUACACUGGAAACUCUCAAGCUCUCAGGCUGUCUAGUAACAGAGGAAGGCUUUGCUUGUCUGGCUACAACUCUGAGUUCCAAACCCUCCCAUCUGAAAGAGCUGGAUCUGAGAUACAAUCAUCCAGGAGAGUCAGGAAUCAAACCACUGUCAGCUGAAGUGAAGGAUCCAUAUUGGAAUGUCAGGGUGGAGCCUGCUGGAGAACAAUGGUUGACACCAGGUCUGAGGAAGUAUUCCUGUCAACUCACAAUCGACAGAAACACAGUAAACAAAAGACUCAAACUGUCUGACAACAACAGGAAGGUGACACGUGUGGAUGAGGUUCAGUCAUAUCCUGAUCAUCCAGACAGAUUUGAUGGGUGGCCUCAGCUGCUGUGUAGAAAUGGUCUGAGUGGUCGCUGUUACUGGGAGGUUGAGUGGAAAGGAGACGUUUAUAUAUCAGUGAGUUACAAAAGUAUCCGAAGGAAAGGAGGUUGUGAUAACUGUUUGUUUGGACGGAAUGAUCAGUCCUGGAGUCUGUACUGCUAUGAUGAUGGUCCUCGUUCUGUCUGGCACAACAACAAAGUAACAUCCAUCUCCUCUUCCGUCUCUAACAAAGUAGCAGUGUAUGUGGACUGUCCUGCUGGCACUCUGUCCUUCUACACAGUUUCCUCUCACACUCUGAUCCACCUCCACACCUUCAACACCACAUUCACGGAAACUCUUCAUCCUGGAUUUAGGGUCUGGUCUGGUUCCUCAGUGAGUCUGUGCUGAGUGUAAAGAGUGUCCUCCUGUUAAAGAAACACUCUGACUGUUGAACAGAUAGUUCAGUCUGUACAUGUCUGUUUCUUUCGCUCAGAAAUAAGUUUUCAGAUUCAUCGAUUCAAUCAGUUGAUGUUCUGUUCUAAAUGAUUCCUUGUAAACUUCUUCCUCUUCAGUCCUUUAAAGAUGGAAGCUACGAUUAUUCAAGGAUCCACACAUUGUUUUUCUGUAUUUUUCCACUCAAAGCUUCACAGUGAAUAUCAGCAUGUUGUGUUUUCUCUGAAGCUCAGUUCGCAACCAGCUCCUCUGCAUUUUCAACAAGUAUGAGCUCAUUAAAAUGAAUGUUGGAUUUCUCUUUCUUAAUGAGAUUUUUUCAACCUCUCCUGUUUUAUUCUUACACUCAUUUUUGGAACCUAUCAUAGAAGCAGGACAAUAACGGAGGUCUCAAUAUUAGCAAAUUUUCAAAAUUACAGUUCUUUUGUGUUUUUUGCUUUUAUUUUUUCCCAUAUCUUGAGAACAAGCAGACUGUGUUAAUAUUCCAUGAGUGAACAAGAAAAUACAUUCACCAUUUCUCUUUUUUCUGCCAUUCUAUCUAAACAGUUGCUUUUAAAAACUGUUCCAAUCAAAGAAACAUGAACUUGUAUUUUGAUCAGAUCCAUACGUACAGCUUUGAUGUCACAAACAUCUCCCUGAACUCUUCACUAAUGGUGAUUUGUGGCCCUCUGCUGGUGAGAAGAUGAUGUCAGUUUAAUGAACACAGAUGACAUGAAGUGUUUUUAAAUCUGCUUUCUCUAAUAUUCAGGGUCAUGCUAGCACACAAACAGUUUGUUUGAAAAAAUGUUUAUUUUGCAUCCUUUUUAAUGGAUUUCUCAAAUAUCUGCUGAUGUAGAAGUGAAUGGAAUGAUUUUUUUUUUCACCUUUAGGAUCCAAUAAUUUUAAAAUGCUGCCGUUAUAUAACAUGAAAAUUAUCAAAUAUUAUCAGAGACGCACCUGAAGACAGGGUAAACAAUAAUAUUGUGUAACUAGUUGAUAACAAUCUGAAUGGAGUUUUAAUGCAAUUCUAAUGAUUGUAUUGAGGUAUCACAAUGUACAUGAUUUUGCUAAUAAAUGCAAGAGGCUGCAUUAAAAAAAUUAACUAGU